UUUAGUCUAAAAAUGUUUUGAAAUUCACGUAGAGCAUAAAAUUUUGUUGCAGUUUUUGAAUACGUUUGGUUGAUGUUCGUUUUAAGCGCGCCCAAUGCAUGUUGCUUUAGCGUUAUCGAUUACAACACAAUACAACCGUGCGUACACAAACAACUGUUGACCAACACUGCUGCCAGUGACCGUGUGUGUGUGUGUGAGAGAUUGAAGACAAUGGCUGCGGCUGUGGACGGUGUUGUUCCUACCCUUGCAAUUCGCUCUAGCGUGGCUGUUGAGCUGUGGUCGUCAGCUGGUGCAAAACAGCCAUACGAGCACAAGCCCAAUUUGCCGCGAGAGGAGACGAAAAGUUCGCGUUCGAUCUGCUUCAGUCCAGAUGGUCGCUACUUCGCAUACUCGAAUGGUGUCGAGGUGAAGGUGCUACACGUGCCCACUUCCAACACUGGCAACGCUGGUUGCUGGCCGGUACAGUGCACGCUGCCGCGUCCAAAGGCCUUCUAUCUCAAGUUCUCACCGCGUGGCAAUUAUCUUUGCACCUGGGAGCACUAUGCCAUUACGAAGGAUCGUCCCGAAGGUGCUGCAAAUUUGCUUGUUUAUGAUGUUGCCACUGGCACUGAGGUCUUUGCCAUUGUGCAAAAAAAUCAAACUGAUUGGCAGCCCUCGUGGUCAUCGGACGAAUCAAUCUUCGCCUUGGUCGUAGGCGGGGAGGCCCUUUUUUAUGAUCUGGCAGCUGGUCCAGUUGAAGGAUUUGCCAGCACAUCACGCAAGAUUGGCGGCAGUCGUGGCGGUAUGUUAUCCCUUGGUCCGGGCAAUAGUCCGCCAUAUCUGGCGUUUUAUAUUCCUGGAGCAAAGGGCGCACCAUCCAUGUGUAAGCUCUACAAGUAUCCGGCUUUGGGUCAGAAUCAAACUGUUGCCUGCAAGAGCUUCUUUCAAGCUGAUCGCGUCGAGAUGCUGUGGAAUAAGCGGGGCAGCGGCCUUCUGCUUUUAACCAGCACAGAGGUGGACAAGAGCGGUGCCUCCUACUAUGGAAAUCAAGCAGUGCAUUUUAUGGCCACCAAGGGCGAUACAUGCUCUGUGCCAUUAUCCAAGGAGGGGCCCGUGCAUAGCGUCAAAUGGAGCCCCAAGGCUAAUGAAUUCGUUGUCGUAUAUGGCUUUAUGCCGUCCAAGGCGGCACUCUACAAUCUUAAAUGCGAUGUCAUCUUUGAUUUUGGCGAGGGUCCGCGCAACUGCGCCUACUUUAAUCCAUUCGGCAACCUGAUUGUGCUUGCCGGUUUUGGCAACCUGCCCGGCGCUGUUGAAGUCUGGGAUGUUGUCAAACGGGAAAGGAUCGCCAAUAUUAAAUGCGCGGAUACUACAUACUUUGAAUGGCAUCCAAAUGGAGAGUGGUUCGUCACUGCCACCACCGCACCCCGGCUGCGCAUUAGCAAUGGGUUCAAGGUGUAUCAUUAUUCGGGCGCAUUGCUACAUGAAACAUUAUGGCCACAGGGUCAGGAACUGCUCGGCAUUGAGUGGCAACAGUGUGCGGAUAAUACGUAUGCCGAGCCAAAAAUUACGAAGGCCAAGCAUGAGGGCAUCAAGUCCAGUCAGCCAGAGGCCAGCAAGAAGGCCUACACACCGCCCCAUUUGCGUUUGCUAAAGGAGGGCAAGAAUCCGGAAAAGUAUCUGCCGCAGCCGACGGUGCCGGGACUUCCAGCAGCACCACCAGGUAUGGGCAAGAAUAAGAAAAGGAAUACCAACAGCAGCAAAGCAAAGGGCAACAAUAACAUCAACAACAAGCGUGAGGCUGGCGAUGCCACGCCGCCAGAUGCAGCUGCAACUACAGUAGCUCCAAUUGAAGGCCUGGAACAGCAGCAGGAGAUUGCAACAGGAUCAGCAGUAACUAUUGGUGAAUCACCGCGCAGACCUGCGCAAAAGCAGCGCCCGCUGCCCAGGCAGCAGCAGCAGCAGCAUUAUCAUCAACAGCAGGAGCAGCAAAAAACGGCUGAGCUGGGCACACCGCGUCAUCAUGCCAAUGGCAAUGUUGCACAGAAUAACAAUGCCAACAAUAGCAGCAGCAGCAACAACAAUAGCGACAAGGAUCGCAAGAUACGUAGUGUGGCCAAAAAACUAUCGGACAUUAAGAAGCUCAAGUCGCGUCAAAGUCAAGGCGAAACUCUGGAAUUGAAUCAGUUGAACAAAAUUGAAAUGGAGGCAAGUUAUUUGGAGGAGCUCAAGGCGCUCAAAUUAUCUGUUUAAGUGACAUGCCAUCAACUGUUAAAUGUGUGAUACAACAAAAAAACAAACAAAAAAAAAACAAAAACAAUGGAUAACAAGGAGUUUACUGCACGAACAGCAACAAGACGAAA